UCUCUCAUUCACACACUCUCCAUAUUUCUCUCUCUCUCUCGUAGCCCUGAAGGCACGGAUUUCAGAGCUCACUUGUGAUCAGGAGUUUAUCCCCUUCUCUCUGUGGACUUAUGGCUCCUGACAAGAACGGCAAUGGACUGGACAACUUUGCCUUUGCAGUGGAUGGGGGAGAACACUUCUGUGAGCUCCCCGACGAGAAGCCUAUGCCCAGCGAGCAUGACCGUAACAAGCUGGCCUACUGUGUGACGGACGUCCCUCCUUGGUACCUCUGCAUAAUCCUGGGCAUUCAGCACUGCUUGACAGCAUUUGGUGGGAUCAUAGCCAUCCCGCUCAUCCUGUCCACGGGGCUGUGUCUACAGCACGACAGCCUGACCCAGAGCCAUCUCAUCAGCACCAUCUUCUUCGUCUCGGGACUCUGCACACUCAUCCAGGUCCUCUUUGGAGUCAGGUUACCUAUUCUGCAGGGCGGUACCUUUACUCUCCUGGCCCCGUCUAUGGCUCUGCUGUCCAUGCCAGAGUGGGCCUGCCCGGCCUGGACCCAGAAUGCCACGCUGGUCAAUGUCUCGUCUCCCGAAUUCAAACAAGUCUGGCAGAGCCGCAUACAAGUUCUGCAGGGCUCCAUCAUGGUGGGCUCGCUGUUCCAGGUGCUGGUGGGCUUCUCGGGCCUGAUCGGGCUCUUCAUGCGCUUCAUCGGACCCCUCACCAUCGCCCCCACCAUCUCCCUCAUCGGCCUCUCGCUCUACGACUCGGCCGGCAUGAACGCAGGCAACCACUGGGGCAUCGCUGCCAUGACGACCUGUAUGAUUAUCCUGUUUUCGCAGUACCUCCGACACAUCCCUGUGCCUUUUCCCACCUACAGCAAAGCCAAAAAGUUGCACACCUCUAAGCUGUACAUUUUCCAGAUUCUUCCUGUUCUCCUUGGCAUAACUCUGUCCUGGUUAAUCUGCUACAUCUUAACCGUCACCAAUGCCCUGCCUGCCAACCCCUCGCAGUACGGUUACCUGGCCCGCACUGACAUCAAGGGGGAUGUCAUAGGCCGAGCACCUUGGUUCACUUUUCCGUACCCAGGGCAGUGGGGGGUGCCAACCGUGAGCCUGGCGGGAGUGUUUGGCAUCCUGGCAGGGGUGAUCUCCUCCAUGAUCGAGUCUGUGGGCGACUACCACGCCUGUGCCCGUCUCUCGGGUGCCCCUCCGCCACCUAAGCAUGCCAUCAACAGGGGCAUCGGCAUGGAGGGUCUGGGGUGCCUGCUGGCCGGGGCCUGGGGCACGGGCAAUGGCACCACGUCCUACAGUGAGAACGUUGGGGCCCUGGGUAUCACCAAGGUGGGCAGCCGGAGUGUGAUCGUGGCCAGUGGUUUCCUCAUGAUCAUCAUGGGGGUGUUCGGCAAGAUCGGGGCCAUAUUCACCACCAUCCCCACCCCCGUCAUCGGGGGCAUGUUCCUGGUGAUGUUUGGGGUCAUAGCUGCCGCAGGGGUGUCCAACCUCCAGUAUGCUGACAUGAACUCCUCCCGGAACAUCUUCAUCUUUGGAUUCUCCAUGUUCACCGGGCUGGUCAUUCCCAACUGGAUCCUGAAAAACCCCACAGCCAUCGCCACAGGUGUUGUGGUGAUUGACCAGGUGCUCCAGGUGCUCCUGACCACCAGCAUGUUUGUCGGCGGCUUCUUUGGAUUUAUACUCGACAACACCAUCCCAGGAACUAAACAAGAGCGUGGCAUCGUCGCCUGGAACAAGGUUCACGAGGAGGACUCCAGCACCACCAUCGAGAGUGAUGAGGUGUACGGGUUGCCCUUCAACCUCAGCGCCCGCCUGUCCUCCCUGCGCUGGGUGCGUUACAUCCCCUUCUGCCCCUCCCACGAUAUGUCCGACCACACCUCAUCGUCCGGAGAGAGCACGCCCGAGAGCACCGACUCCCUGGAUGCCAUGAAGAAGGCCGCCAAGAAAGACUCUGCACACACCAUCAUCUCCACAGUGGCACUUUAGUGGACUUAGCUCCCCCUUGUGGUGCGGGGAUGGUAUUGUAACUUAGGCAGCUGGCGUAGAUGUUAAAUUCUGCUUGGAAGGAUCUCUAUGGUCUCCUGAGGGCUCCUGUCAACAGCAUAUUUUUUGUACUGGUUUCAAUUUUUUUUAUUAUUAUGAAUGGACAUUUUGCAGAGUUUAUAUAUCUUGGCAUUACUGAAUGUUGUGAGUAGCCUGGGCCUGUCCAUAUGUGCUGCGAUGCUAUACAACAUUUUCGUGACCAAGGGAGUCUGGCCGGGUUGGCAAUUCCAAAUCGAUCCUUGAACAGGGUUGAGUAACAGUCGACUAUUUCUAAUGCCUCGAUGGAGCAGGUUUAAUGAGAAGGUGAUUAGUUCUGUCAUUGACCCCACUGGUUCCAAAGUCAGAGGAAAGAGACAUUUGAUAGACAUGGAUUAAGCCCGCCCUUUGAGAGCUAUGCAUUUACAACAGCUUGGCCAGAUCAAGUUCAUAGAGCUUUGUAGUCUUGAAAGCCAGGCCAUGUUGUCUUGUCUUUGUAUACUAUAUUACUUCUAUGCUGUACAGAUAAUGCCGUUUUGCUGCUUUUUGAAUGUGUUUGACAUUGCCAGGCAGGCACCAUGAAAAGAAAACCCCGAAAGAUUUGGGACAUUUUACUAAUGCAAUGUAAUGUUUAUGUUGUAAAGAAAAUACAUGUACAGAUAUAAACACAUGUGUUGUUAUAUACAGAAUACAGUCUCCUCGAUUAAAGCUUACUAUUUGUUCAUAGAUGUCCAGCUCUCUAUAUUCAAAACAGUGUUUAAGUAAAGUUCUUUAAGUGCUGACAUAUGAAAAACAUACAGUAUAUUGAGUAAAAUGGUAAAUG